UCCGCACGUCGCUGGCGUGGUCGUAGGUGCUACAUACUGCGCCUGCGCUUGGGUUUCGGCCUUUUCCCCCCCGUAGAGCUGCUGGGCCUGCAGGUCUGUGGCGAUCCGCGGACGCCGGUCCGUGUUCCGCAGGAUGGGGUUUGUUAAAGUUGUCAAGAACAAGGCCUACUUCAAGAGAUACCAAGUAAAAUUUAGAAGACGACGAGAGGGUAAAACUGAUUACUAUGCUCGCAAACGCUUGGUUAUCCAGGAUAAAAAUAAGUACAACACACCCAAAUACAGGAUGAUAGUUCGUGUAACCAACAGAGAUAUCAUUUGCCAGAUUGCUUAUGCCCGUAUAGAAGGGGAUAUGAUAGUCUGUGCAGCUUAUGCUCACGAACUCCCAAAGUAUGGUGUGAAAGUUGGCCUGACAAAUUAUGCUGCCGCUUAUUGUACUGGUCUGCUGCUGGCCCGCAGGCUUCUCAAUAGGUUUGGCAUGGACAAAAUCUAUGAAGGCCAAGUGGAGGUAACCGGAGAUGAAUACAAUGUGGAAAGCAUUGAUGGUCAGCCUGGUGCCUUCACAUGCUAUUUGGAUGCAGGCCUUGCCAGAACUACCACUGGGAAUAAAGUCUUUGGGGCUCUGAAGGGAGCUGUGGAUGGAGGCUUGUCUAUACCGCACAGUACCAAACGAUUCCCUGGUUAUGAUUCAGAAAGCAAGGAAUUCAACGCAGAAGUACAUCGGAAACACAUCAUGGGUCAGAACGUUGCAGAUUAUAUGCGUUACCUAAUGGAAGAAGAUGAAGAUGCUUAUAAGAAACAGUUCUCUCAAUACAUAAAGAACAGUGUAACUCCAGACAUGAUGGAGGAGAUGUAUAAGAAAGCACAUGCUGCUAUACGAGAGAAUCCAGUUUAUGAGAAGAAGCCUAAGAAAGAUGUUAAAAAGAAAAGGUGGAAUCGUCCCAAAAUGUCUCUUGCCCAGAAGAAGGAUCGGGUAGCUCAGAAGAAGGCAAGCUUCUUCAGAGCUCAGGGGCGGGCUGCUGAGAGCUAAGCCAAACCACACCACAAUUUUCUAUGAAGAGUUUUGAGAUAAAGACAAUAAACUUAUUGACCAACCAGCUA